AUGCAGCUCAGCCUCUUCACCUCUCUUGCAGUGGAUUUCAGCAUCCAGGUGCUGAGUUCUGGAUCCUGGCCGUUCCAGCAGUCCUGCACGUUUGCUCUGCCAUCUGAGUUAGAACGGAGCUAUCAGCGAUUUACUGCAUUUUACGCCAGUCGCCAUAGUGGAAGAAAAUUAACAUGGUUGUAUCAGCUGUCCAAAGGGGAAUUGGUUACCAAUUGUUUCAAAAACAGAUACACAUUACAGGCAUCCACAUUCCAGAUGGCGAUUUUACUGCAGUACAACACAGAAGAUGCCUAUACCGUGCAGCAGCUGACAGACAGUACUCAAAUAAAAAUGGAUAUCUUGGCACAAGUUCUACAGAUACUGUUGAAAUCAAAAUUGCUUGUUUUGGAAGAUGAAAAUGCAAAUGUUGAUGAAGUGGAGUUGAAACCAGAUACUUUAAUAAAACUGUACCUUGGUUACAAAAACAAAAAAUUAAGGGUAAACAUCAAUGUGCCAAUGAAGACUGAACAGAAGCAGGAGCAAGAAACUACACACAAAAAUAUAGAGGAAGAUAGGAAACUACUGAUUCAGGCUGCUAUUGUGAGAAUCAUGAAAAUGAGGAAGGUUCUAAAACACCAGCAACUGCUUGGAGAAGUGCUAACACAGCUGUCCUCAAGGUUCAAGCCACGAGUUCCAGUAAUUAAGAAAUGCAUCGACAUUCUCAUUGAGAAGGAGUACUUGGAACGUGUAGAUGGUGAGAAGGACACCUACAGUUACUUGGCUUAACAUUUUUAUUAGCAAUUACUUGACUGUGUGACACUCAGCAAAUAGGUAUGUGAUGGAAAGAAUGAAAGCGACGGAACUUCAUAGCAGCCACUCUGCUGCCAUUUGGACCUCCCUUUUUAAUACCUGAGACCAGGACUCCCAUCAGCCAGUCUCAGAUUUACAUCAGAACUGCUCAGGAUUGAUACAUUUCAAGUAUGUAAAUAUGGACACCAAUGCCAUUUAACCUAAUUUAAGAACAGAAAGGAAUCAAACCCUUCUCCUUUAAGGGUUGCAUGCUACUGCAUUUAAAUCAAUACAUUGGCUAUAUGAUAAACAGCUGCCAUCACAGGCAGUACUUAUACAUGUUGGCAGCACUUGGAGAGCGAGUCUGAAUGGACCCAUGUGUAAUCUGCUAUGAUUAACCAUUUGUAUAGUGUGUUUCAUUUUUUAAUGUGUGAUAAAUAAAAAAAAAUUAAAAGAUUUCUGUACAAGUUGCAUUUGGUUUUAUUGUUUCAAGAUUCAUGAAUUAUCUUUCUAAAUGUAAAUAAAAGAUAUAAUGGUUAUGAAA